CAUCAGGAUGAUGAUGAUGAUGAUGAUGAUGACAGUCAGUAUGAUGAAGCAUUGUGAUAUGAUCAUUAACCCAGUAACUCUAAAGGGUUCAUCAGGAUCAGUGGCACCACCUGCAGUGUUUGAGUCACUAUCAGCUGUUGCAGUCGUGUUUCAUUCUUAAACUAGUCUGAAAUCAAUGAUGCAGUUCUUCAGCAGCUGUGGAGAAACUCAUAACAGUGAGACCUGGCGCUCAGACGUUGUCGUCAGGACAGGACAACAAGGUCAAAGUGUUGUUAGCAUUGAUAGAUGAAGUGUGAGGUGAACACAUCCAGACUUUAUAAAGUCUCAGCAGCCAGUCUGGUGUUGGUUUGAUGCAGGGGCGUAGGAAUGAGUUCAACAUUGGGGGGGACACAUAUCAGGAACCUGACAGAUCCGUAAAUUGUUUGAGCAGAAAUACGUCAUAAAUUAACUACACUGCAAAACAUUCACAAGUAAAUUUUAUUCUGCUGAACAGACACAUGUGUAAAGGUAAAGGAGAAGACACUGAAUGGAUGUAAUGAACUGAUAGAUGACAUCAGUUCCUGUGUAGUUUUCUGUCACCAACAGAAGUCUUACAGCACUGCACAGUCCUGCAUCUAAUCAUUAGCGUGCCAUGUGAUUAUUCAGUGUCAAACAUGUGCUGUGGUGCACUAAAGGUUGAGAAACACUGGCCGAGGCAAAAGAGCCAAAAUGUUUUUUCCUCCUGUCACUUGCAAAUUGACUUCCUGUCCAGUGAGUCAAGUUUAUCCUGAUGGACAUGACGGACAGCAACAUGGUUCAGUCUGGUUUGAGUCAUUGUAGACCAGAGCCAAGCUUGAGCCUGCGGAGGACACUGAAACUUCUCUCUGCCUCAGAGGAUGAAACAGAGACGACCAAAAGCAACCUGACCUGGGUUUCCACUUGGCCAAAUAGUCUCCGUACUCUACAGACAAUCCACCAAUGAUCCCUGCAGCCUCUGCACUGCUGCUAAAUGAGUAGUUCAGGUGCAACAUAGAAAGCUGCACUGAAAGUGACUCUCUGUUCAACUCGGGUGUUUCUCAAUGACUGCAGCAUCAGGUCCAGGUCAUCAAGUCACCCUGGUUAAAUAGCUCACUGAGCUGUGCCUCUACAACAUCCAGGACUUUAAAGAAUUGGUCCUUGGCACUUUGAGGCUGAUGUGCCUCAGCUCCUUCAAUGAAGCGUUUUGGGGGCGGUCUGGUCUGUAGAAUGGUAAUGGGCUUAACGCCUACAGACUGAACCACAGCCGUCGCCUCUUCAAACAGAGCUUUGAAACUUGCCUCAUCUCUCUUGAGUGAGGUCCUCACAACGUGGACAGCAGUCCUCAUGUCAGCAGUGGUUUCAGUUCUCUUGUGAAAAGAGGUGUUCAGGCGUUCAAGCUCACAAAUCACUGGUGAGUCAAGGAGGAGACCCAAAACUGUUUCCUUUCCUAAACUGCCCUGGCAGGCCGUUAGCAGCAGAUGCAGUAUGUGAGGCACCACAUGCCAUCUCCUGCAAGCUAGCCAGCACUGACCCACACUGGGACAGAACAGCUGUGAUGGCUUUGCCCCGUACCGUCCAUCUUGUGGGACAGACGGGUUUAUUGCAGUGCAUGAUGGAUUCUCUGCAUGUGCUGUUGCUGCGUGGAUCAGUAACAUUUUUCAGUUGCCUUUUUCCACUUUUUAAAUCCAGAAGUGAUGAAGGUGGGCAAUAAAAACACCCCCCCACUCUGCACUGCAUCAUCAUGUAGCCAGGGAAAGUCCUUGUACCUCCUCUCUUGGACAGAGACAGUUCUGUUAGACAGAACUUGAGUGUCUAUGAAUUCUGGGUGUGGCUGAUAUGGCUCUGUCCUCUGUCCUCUGUCCUCAGUGUCUCUCAGCUGUCUGUCCCUGCUCUGAGACUGCACUUACUACAAGCAAACAAUCCCAUUUUAAGCUUGUAAAAUAUGUACUGUUACAUGUUACUGUGUCUUUGUGUUCUAGUGCAGCUGAGUGCAGGAGGCGUCAGUGAAUCUAUCAGCAGUCACUGUACGGUGUGUGUUUCUGUAUUUUCACAUAUACUCAGUCAGAAGUCAGAGAGACGUCCCUUCUUCUGCUGACAUCACAGAACUGUGUGAAAAGCUGCUUGAAAACAAAUUCAAAGGGGAUUCAGAGGAAACUGGCACUGAACAGGCAGCAACUUGACAUCAGUCCACACCUGGUCUCCUCUCUGGUUCCAUCACAUGUUAUUUUACACUAGUUCGCUAUUUAUCUCUACUCUCUGUUGUUCAACUCAUGUUAUGUUUUAUAUGCCAUUCACUGCAUGACCUACAUGACUCUCUGAGGUGCUGCCUCGCCCUCUCUAACGUCAGUUGCCAGCUGAACUUCAUCUGAUCUCUGACAUGAAAGCAGCUGACAUGAAUAAGGUGUAGGUAUAAAAAUACUGUUGGGAGAGCCCAGAACAAGAGAAAAUCACACAGACAGACUAACUCCUUUCUGGAUAUUGGAAGUGUGUACUGGUUUUCAAGUUACAUGGGUUAAUAGAACAAUCAUGUUGUGUUGACGUUGUGUUGCACUUUCAAAAUAAAAGCAAGUGAGUUAAAGAUUUCACGUUGCCUCCACCCCCCCAGUUCCUACGCCCUUGGUCUGAUGCAUUAGAUGUUUCAGGUCAGCUGGUCAGCUCUGUAGCAGCAGGUUAGACACAGAAGUGACGUUUCUAAAGAUGUGAAUUCUUAUUUUCUUACUUUUGAAAUAAAUCACCUGGCUCCAGUCAACUUUAUAAAGCUCAAUAUUACAAAUCACACAUCAUUAACUCAUCAACUCAUGUUGUAUCAGUAGGUGCAUCAGCUGUAGUAUGAGUAGUUGCAGUAGCAGAGUUUUACCAGCAGGUGGAGAUACAGACUGUAGUCUGGUGUGUUUAAAGGAAAUGAAAGUGAUAUUUUACUUCUGACUGUAUCAUUUAAAACAAACUGUGUCAGAGGCGUGUCAUGUCAAAUAUGACAUGUUUCCACUGGUCAUGAUGAUCAGAAGGAACAACAUUCAGCCUUUACAUAAAUUAUAUGUCAAUAAACAAGUGGAGCGUGACGCUGUGUUUGAGGCGUGUCAUGUCAAAUAUGACAUGUUUCCACUGGUCAUGAUGAUCAGAAGGAACAACAUUCAGCCUUUACAUAAAUUAUAUGUCAAUAAACAAGUGGAGCGUGACGCUGUGUUUGAGGCGUGUCAUGUCAAAUAUGACAUGUUUCCACUGGUCAUGGUGAUCAGAAGGAACGACAUUCAGCCUUUACAUAAAUUAUAUGUCAAUAAACAAGUGGAGCGUGACGCUGUGUUUGAGGCGUGUCAUGUCAAAUAUGACAUGUUUCCACUGGUCAUGGUGAUCAGAAGGAACAACAUUCAGCCUUUACAUAAAUUAUAUGUCAAUAAACAAGUGGAGCGUGACGCUGUGUUUGAGGCGUGUCAUGUCAAAUAUGACAUGUUUCCACUGGUCAUGGUGAUCAGAAGGAACAACAUUCAGCCUUUACAUAAAUUAUAUGUCAAUAAACAAGUGGAGCGUGACGCUGUGUUUGAGGCGUGUCAUGUCAAAUAUGACAUGUUUCCACUGGUCAUGGUGAUCAGAAGGAACAACAUUCAGCCUUUACAUAAAUUAUAUGUCAAUAAACAAGUGGAGCGUGACGCUGUGUUUGAGGCGUGUCAUGUCAAAUAUGACAUGUUUCCACUGGUCAUGGUGAUCAGAAGGAACAACAUUCAGCCUUUACAUAAAUUAUAUGUCAAUAAACAAGUGGAGCGUGACGCUGUGUUUGAGGCGUGUCAUGUCAAAUAUGACAUGUUUCCACUGGUCAUGGUGAUCAGAAGGAACAACAUUCAGCCUUUACAUAAAUUAUAUGUCAAUAAACAAGUGGAGCGUGACGCUGUGUUUGAGGCGUGUCAUGUCAAAUAUGACAUGUUUCCACUGGUCAUGGUGAUCAGAAGGAACAACAUUCAGCCUUUACAUAAAUUAUAUGUCAAUAAACAAGUGGAGCGUGACGCUGUGUUUGAGGCGUGUCAUGUCAAAUAUGACAUGUUUCCACUGGUCAUGGUGAUCAGAAGGAACAACAUUCAGCCUUUACAUAAAUUAUAUGUCAAUAAACAUAUGUGUGUUUGAGGCGUCUUCAGCAGUUUAAACUGUUUAUCAGAUAAACAAAUCUGUACCUGUCAGUCAGGUGAAUCAGUAGAGGUGAUGUAGAUUCACUCACUGUGGUAAUGAAUGAAUUAAUGACAUGAUGGUGUUAAUGAUGAUGAUGAUGGUGAUGAAGGUG